AAAGUGAUCGGUCAAGGUACGAGUGCCACAGUAAUCUUAGCAGAACAUACCACCACCAAAAAAACCUACGUAAUCAAAAGUUUCAAAAAUCCUCAAAGAUCCAAGGCCAACCUACACCAAAGAAUCCAACAAGAAGUGAAAAUCUUUAAAAGGAUUUGUGAAUCAGAUCAUCCAUUUAUUGUUAAGUUUCGAGGGUUCAUCUUGAAUGAAAAUGAAAUUAGUAUAAUUCUAGAAUAUAUCAACGGUUUAAAUUUAUUACAAAAAUUAGAAACAAAUGGACCAUUUAAUGAAUCGCAAGCAAAGUUUUACAUCACUGAAAUCGCCACUGGAAUCUCAUUUUUACAUUCUAAAAGAAUCAUUCAUCGUGAUUUGAAACUCGACAAUAUGAUGAUUUCGAAUGAUGGUCAUAUCAAACUUAUCGAUUUCGGUCUAUCAGAAAUCCUUCAAGGUUCUCAGACUCAUUUAUCUAUCCCUUCAGGUGCUAUGCAUAUAAGACCACCUGAAAUGAUUCGUAGAGAGCCGUAUAGUUUUAAUGUAGAUUGGUAUGCAUUAGGUGUUGCUCUUUAUGAACUACUAACCGAUCAUGAACCAUUCUUUCGACGGAAUUAUGAAUGUUUACCACGUAUGAUUUUAGAAACUGGAGUGAUUUAUCCGUCACAUCUUUCAAUAAAUUGUAUAGACUUAAUCAAACUCCUAAUAAAUAAGAACCAUACUCAAAGAUUACAAAAUAUUUCUGAACUUAUUCAUCAUCCUUGGUUCAAUAAAGUCAAUUGGAAUAAAGUUAGUCAAAAACAAUCUAUUCCUCCA